AUGCUCGGAAUGAUGAAUUCUCCUUCUGAUUCUGUGGAGUUCUAUGCCACAAAUCGAAAAGUAUCUGAUGACGUCACAAAUGGAGUUGAGGACUCAGAUUUGAAAAAGUUCUCAGAAGUGAAACAAAAAGAUGUUGUCUCUUACACAGAAGAUGGCCGUAAAAUGAUAAAUGGAAAGCUUGUAACGGAAACCGAUGCCCCUUCAAUGUGGAGUUCAGCUUUGCUUCGUGGCAGAAUUCGUACAAUUACUGGAGCCCCAACCUCCGAAAAGGAAAAGAAAGCAGAACGCGAAAAAGUGCGCCGCAACUCCAAAAAAUUGGGGAAAACUAUUGCAGUUGUUGCAUCACUCCAGACACUCACUUCCACUGAUGUCAUUGGAAAAGAAUCUGAUGUUCCCCAACCAGUUGAAAUCACUGAAAUGACAGUUGUUGGAUCUUCCAGUCCGCCGAAGUGA